AUGGCUUCGCAGCAAUCUUAUCCUUCAAACGUUCAGCUUCCUCGCAAGUUGCAACGUCCACAAUACCUCGAGGUCCCAACUCAGAAUAUUGCUGCUAUCGAUCCUGAGCUCUCUCAUGUCCCAGUCGACUACGUACGACGUGGUCUCAAGAACCAGGCAAACCAGAUGUUUGCUGGUAUCGCAGCCAUUCAAUUGCCUUCGACCAUGCAUCGCUCCCAGCUUCACCACACACAAACUCUAACAAUCCCAAUUCGGCCAUCCGGCCCUUCCUCUUCAUACCCUACACACAUACUUGCUCUCUCUAGAUCAUCCACCUCCUCCGAUUCACAACUCACUCUCGUAGCGACUCACGCCCUCAUACUCGCAUCAAACUGUGCUUCACUGCCCCGCCUGCCCCCAUCACCCCAAUCUUACGGCGCCACAGCCAGCCUCACACUGCCAGUACUGCCUCUCACUAUACCUGCCCCGGCAGCAUUCCCACCCCUGCACACAUUCCUCUACACCCAUUCUGCACCCCAACUCCUCUCCGCACUCAUCCCAGCCAUCCCGGCCUCUUUCCUGUCCACCCUAACAUCCUCACAAGCACUCCGCGCUACACUGUCCUCCGGACCUGCCCUCCAUACCCUAUCCGCCCACCUCAUGUCCUCGGCUCCCGGCAUGGGCGCACUCACCAGCGUCGCCCAGAAUAUCGCCGCUGUAUGGAGAAACGCGGUUGCAUUGGGCGUGCAUGAUCCCGAACUCUGGCAUUGUCUUGAUUUGGCGUGGGAGGUCAUUUUGGGUGCUAUGAACCUUGGUGCCGGGGCGCGUUAA